AUGAGACCUACAGACAAUCAGAAUGAUGAUUCCUGUGAGGUCAGAGUUGGUGAAGACACAGAAGUGCUGAUCAAUCAGAAUGUAGAUGACCUGUCAGAGAACAGGUCAUACAGCAGAGCAGAUCCAAAUUCCUCAUCCUCGCAAGUCCAAUCUCGGUACUGGUAUCCAGCGAUGAGGUUCAGUGUGUUCUUUCGAGUUUUUAUUGCUGUAGACUCUCUAGUCACAGUUGUUUUAUGGCUGUCAGGUGGCGAUUCUGAAUAUUUCAUUGACAAUAUUGAAAAAUACCAUUUCCGACAAUCAGUAUUUGAUGUAGCUGUGAUAUCGUUAUUGAAAGUUCCUCUAUACUUUCUUCUAAUUCACCAUCUGGAGCGGACAACGAUUCUAAGUUUCGAUUCACCCCAAAAUCCAACAGAAUCUGUAAAUAGAAUACAUAAACAACUUUUUAUACGUCAACAAAAGAAGUACAUUGCUCUGUUGUGUAUAUUAUCAUUCUUAAUAUUCUCGUUCGCAUUGGUUAAGGGAAGUUUCAUUCUAAAGCAAGUUUUGGAACAGGAUGUAGAAUUCCAUAGUAUUCACCGGACUUAUUACGCCUGUGUGAUUUGGAAUAUUGUGGCAAGUGUCGCCUGUCUGGUGCUCAGCGGUGUCUCUGGCCUGGCGAUGAAGAAGCUGCAGAACCAGCGGGUGAUGAGGUAUUAUAACAGUCUUGGGCAGGAAGUGGAUCAGAGUGGAAAACCGUUAGCAACGACAGCCUCUCUGUAUAAACUGUUUGUUUUGGCUAAGCCUGAAGCAGGCCUGAUUGUGGCUGGUUCCUUUGCUCUGCUGGUAACAACGGCCGUGCAGACAAUCGCACCAUUGUUUUUUGGAAGAGUUGUGGAUGCUGCCCUGAAAAGUAUGGCUGAUCUGAACAGGACGGUGAUGAUUCUACUGCUCAUCUACCUGGGUGGAGCAGUCUUCAGUCUCUUCAGGUCCUGGAUGUUUACUCUGGCCGGUCAAAGGUUUGUUGCCAGGCUCCGUAAGCAGCUCUUCAGAUCCAUCGUUCUUCAAGAGAUUGCUUUCUUUGAUGUGAACAGGACAGGAGAGCUGUGCAAUCGUUUGGCGUCUGACACACAGGAGGUGCAGAAAGCUGUCACCGUGAACAUGUCCAUGCUGUGUCGCUACUUACUGCAGAUCAUUGGAUCCUUAGUUCUCAUGUUUUACCUGAAUGCUGCCCUGACAGGGGUCCUCCUGGCCAUAGUGCCAGUAGUGUCUCUGAGUGCCAUGCAGUACGGGAAGUUUGUGAGGAAGAUCGGCAAGCUGCUGCAGGACCGUCUGGCAGAUGGGGGGACUGUGGCCGAGGAGGCUCUCUCCUCUAUGAGGACAGUCAAAUCUUUCUCAGGGGAGACCAAAGCCGACAUGUUGUAUUCAGACUGCAUCACUGAAAGCUACAAGAUUGGCAAAAAGCUGGCACUUGCACAAGGUUCCAUGGAUGGCCUGUUCAGUCUGCUGGCUUACGGAGCGAUAUCAGCCGUCUUGUGGUAUGGAGGCAAGCUGGUGUAUGACAACUCUCAAGAUCCCAAUACAGGCAUUACAGCAGGACUGCUGACAUCAUUCCUGUUGUACACACUGCAGGUGGCCAUGGGGUUUGCCUUGUUGUCCUCACUCUAUGGAGACUUCAUGCAGGCAGUUGGAGCAUCCGUGAGGAUAUUUGCACUCCUGGACAGAAAACCGGAUAUUUUUGUACCUUCCAACCCACUGAUUUUGUCUUCUUUAACAGGAGAGAUUGAGUUCAAGAAUGUGAGCUUCACGUAUCCUUCCAGACCAGAAACACAAGUGCUCAAGGGAAUGUCAUUUCGAGUAGAGCCGGGUCAAGUGGUGGCACUGGUGGGGCCCUCUGGUGGAGGAAAGUCCACGGUGGUUAGUCUGAUUGAGAGAUUCUAUGAUCCUAACGAGGGAGAGAUUUUAAUUGGUGGAUGUGACCUCAAACUGUUGGACCUGACCUGGUUCAGGCAGCAGGUUGCCAUGGUGAGCCAAGAACCGACACUGUUUGCCUGCUCCAUCAAAGAAAAUAUUGCUUACGGCAGGGAGGCUUCCAUGGAUGAGAUACUGGAAGCAGCCAAGCAGGCAAAUGCCCAUGAGUUUGUGCUGCAGUUUGAGCAGGGCUAUGACACCCUGGUCGGGGAACGAGGCGUGAGGCUGUCGGGGGGACAGAAGCAACGUAUAGCUAUUGCUAGAGCUCUCAUUAUGAACCCUAGCCUGUUGUUGCUGGAUGAGGCAACUAGUGCCCUGGAUGCAGAAAGCGAAUAUCUUGUCCAAGAGGCCGUGGAAAGAGCCAUGAAAGGACGUACUGUGAUAGUCAUCGCCCACAGGCUGUCCACAGUUCGAAGUGCACACAAAGUGAUUGUGAUAGACAGAGGCCACAUUGCAGAAAUGGGUACACAUGAGGAACUCCUGGCUCAACAUGGGGUCUACAAAAAGUUGGUUCUGAGACAGUUGACUGCAGGGCAACCAACAAGGAAUGAAGAUGAGGAAAAACCUGGUGACUUAUCUCAGAGGUCGCCAAACAGUCACGUUGAACCGAGCACAGACAGAGAAGAUGGCAACCUCAACAGUGGUAACAGCUAUUCAAAUGAUGGGUUUGUAUUUGAUGGAGAUAACAGCGUCGAUCUUAUAGAUUUGAAAUAG